AUCUGCUCCCAGCUGAGCGAACGACUGGAGAAACAACAAACGGCCAACAGAGGAGAGCUGGAGAAAAUCCGAUCCAAAGUGGAAAGCUGUGAGAGGUGCAGCAGUCUGUUCAACAAAGAGGGUCGCGUUCGGCCCGCGGGGACCACGGUGCCCGACGGGGGUCCGGAGGAGACCGACGAGGAGAAGGAGGCUCUGCAGAACCAGCUGAGGGAGAUGGAGCUGGAGCUGGCCCAGACCAAGCUGCAGCUGGUGGAGGCCGAGUGUAAAAUCCAGGACCUGGAGCACCAUUUGGGUCUCGCUCUCAACGAGGUCCAGGCCGCCAAGAAAACCUGGUUCAACCGAACGCUCAGCUCAAUCAAAACCGUCACGGGGACCCAGGGAAAGGAGACCGCCUAACCGAACAAUCCCCCUCCCUCCGUCAGACCCACCCAGUUUUAACAGAACCACGUCUGGAGCUCGGUGCUGAACCCUGAACCGGACCAGAACUUCACCUGUUAAAUCUGAGGAUCUUUGUCUCCUUUUAAUCAACAAAAUCGUCUUGUUUUCCUCCGACAUUCAUUCCAAACAAGAAGGAAGUCGUUCAUCGAACCCCCCCGUAGACCCCCUGUUCCAGCUGAUGACGGAGAACGUUCUGCUGAUUGAAAGGAGKGACGUCAGAAACUGGGUCUUUCCUUCUUCACCUCUAAACUACUGGCACAAAAAGAAGUUCCUGUAAAUUAGUUUUUGUUUGUUUUAGGUACGAAAGCUAAUAGACGCAUUUUCAGAACCGAGCUUUUUCUAUUUUUGUUUAAGUCUCUGUUUAAUGUAUGUUUAAAAGAAGCAAAGUGCGUGUGUGUGUGUGUGUGUGCGCGUGCGUGUGUGUGAGAAGAAACGUGUAAAGCACUAAGACAUGAGUGUGUGCAUGUGCGUCUCAUGUCCUUUAAUGUUCAAACGUGUUAAAGUGUUUGUUGACAAAGCCUCGACUGGAAGGUGGAUAUAAAUAUGUAAUUUAUAAAAACACACCUGAGGUUUGUUUGGUUUAGAUCUGUGAGCACAAAAAAUAAUUUAAAAGCUUUAAAUCAUACAAACCUCAGCGUGGUUUAGCUUAUUUGGAUGAAACGAUGAAACUCAAGAGUGAUGCAAUGUUUAAAAAUCACUUUUUUUUUUUGGGAGAAUUGUGUUAUGAAAAUAGAAAAUCCUUGCAGCACUUAAACACCUUUUUAAAUCCUAAUUUGUUUUUUGUCACCAGAUGAGCUGAAACAAAGGGUUAAUGUUUUAGUGAGGUGGAAAAAGCUGCGACCGGAUCGUCUUCAUGAUUCGUGGUUUCAGCAGAAAACGGCUGAACUGACAGAGUCYUUCAGAUCCUGAAGAGAUUGAAACACAAAGUGGUGACUGCUUUAAAUCAAAGCUCCCUCAGUAACCUGAGGUGUAACUACAGGAGGACGGGUCAGAGCCGGGUCACCAAGGGUCAAAGUUCAGGUCAAACUUCAAAAUAAAAGUUCUACAUUUGUCUGCAGGACAUGUGGGAGCUCACAGCUGGGAUUUCAUAUUUAGUUGACUGAAAGAAGUUUCCUGCUUCACUGUGUAAAACUGAAGAAGAAAAAGAAAGUUUCUGCAUGGUUACCUCGAGGUGMGCUCUGAUUGGCUGGAACCUGUGACAUAGAAGGAAGAGUAGUAUCUGAAGCACUGGGCUGUAAAUAACACACAAAAAUCAUCAAUAUUGAAUAUUUGUUUAUAAUUUUCUACUCUAACGUUGCCUACCUGCUGCUGUGCUCCAGUUUAAUCCACAGACAUGUUUUUUUUUGUAUUUGUUGUUUUUAUUUUGCUCCAAGCUUCUCAGUCGCACUGCUGUUUGGUUUACUAAAAAUAAAAGAAAAKAAAAUAAAAAGCCAAAACCUACUUCAUCAACAAAACCAUUAACKUGUGGAAACUGUUCUAGAGUAGACUGCAUUGUGUGUACAUUCAUGGAUUUAAAUAUAAAGAUAUCGACACAAGA